AUGUUAUUAACUUUGAAAAUUGCAAUCCUAUUUUAUAUUUUUAUCUCGAUUAAUGCAAGACAUUUACCGCCUAAUAUCACACAAAUUAAUUUAUUGAGUCAAAAUAUAACAAAAAAACAAGAUCAAGAGUAUAACAACCUAAUUACAUCAUCAUUACCUAAAAUAUAUGGUGUAAAUUUAGGUGGUUGGUUAGUUACUGAACCAUGGAUUACACCUUCAAUAUAUGAACAUAUAGAAAAAAAAUAUGGAAUUUUACCAAUUGAUGAAUAUAAUUUAUGUAAAAUUUUAGGAAAAGUAAAAGCUAAACAAUAUUUAACAACACAUUAUGAAACAUUUUAUAAUGAAAAUGAUAUUGAAAAAAUUUCAAAAUUAGGAUUAAAUUUAAUUAGAAUUCCAAUUGGUUAUUGGGCUUUUGGGCUUUUAGAAAAAGAUCCAUAUAUACAAGGACAAGAAUAUUAUUUAGAUUUAGCUGUUAAAUGGAGUUUACAAUAUAAUUUAAAAUUUCAAAUUGUUUUACAUGGUUUACCUGGUAGUCAAAAUUGUUUUGAUAAUUCCGGACAAAAAUGUUUAAAACCAAAUUGGUUUGAAUAUGAUGAAAAUUUGACAUUAACUUAUAAAAUUUUAGAUUAUAUUGUUGAUAAAUAUGGUAAUAUGACUAAUAUUCAUAGUAUUGAAGUUGUUAAUGAACCAAUGGGGUGGACAUUAGAUGAGAAAAAAUUAAAAGAUUUUUACAAUUAUUGUAUAAAUUUAUUUAAAGAAAAGAAUAUCAAAGCUAAUUUAGUAUUAUCAGAUGCUUUUUUCAAUUUAGAACAUUGGUAUAAUUUUCCUGGAAAUUUCAUAUUAGAUCAUCAUUUAUAUGAAAUAUUCACAGAUUGGCAAAUUAAUUAUACAUUCAAUGAACAUAUAAAUAAUAUUAGAUCAAUGAGUAAAAGAUUAAAAAAUACAGGUCAUCCAAGUAUUGUUGGAGAAUUCUCAGGAGCUAUGGAUGAUUGUACAAAAUAUCUUAAUGGUGUAGGUAAAGGAAGUAGAUGGGAAGGUAAUCUUGAAUCUUCUACUCUACAUCCAACAACUGGAAAAUCAUGCAAAAAUAGAGAUAAUCCAAAUUUAAAAUUAUCAAAACCAUUUUCAAAAAAACUAAGAUAUUUUUUAAAAGAACAAUUUUAUAAUUUUGAAAAAUUUAGUUAUGGUUGGAUAUUUUGGUGUUGGAAAACUGAACUGUCAUUAGUUUGGGAUAUGGAAAGAUUAAAUGAUUUAAAUUUAUUGCCAAAACCUUUAUUUAAUUAUCGAUUAAAUAUCAAAGCUGAAAUUGAAAAAAAUUGGGUAAAUUUUAUAAAUAAUACUAAUUGA